ACACUUCAAAAGAUCCUUCGAUCUUUUCUGCCCUCAAGGAAUUGCUCGCUUCUCAACGUUAAAAUCAACGAUUCUUCAAUAUGACUAUCAAAGGCUUCUAUCUCGUCGGACAAAGCAAAGAAGUUUUCCAGCAAGACAUCCACAUUGACCAGUAUCAUGAUUUCGAAGCUUUGCAAGUCGCUAUAGCCGAGCAGUACAACAUCAUCCAGCCAGAUGGCAUUGGACUACAAGAUACAAGAGAGAAUGAUCUGGCAGACUUGGAUGCAGUUCUGGACUGCGAUGAACACAUUGGUAUUACAGUCGAUGGUAAACCAAUUCGAGACCCCUCGGGCCCAGAUGGACUUCCUCUCGUAGGAAGCUAUUAUGAAGUGUUCCCUGAUCAUCUGGGUAACCACGCCCGUUUGUUUCAACGUUACGGGUCGCUUAUCAAGUACGAAACAAUGGGAAAACGAAAUUUUCUGACCAAUGAUCCUGCCAUUGCAACUGUUGCAUUCCAGGAAUCGGCCUUCUUUAGCAAGCUAAUUACCCCAGACCACCCAUUGGCUGGCAUCAAAGACAACAGAGCGCUCUUCAUUGGCGACACUGACACUGACGCCUGGCGUCAGGCGCACAAAUUCAUCCCCCCAGCCAUGUCCCCUAGAGCAGUCCGACAUUACACGCCCCUUAUGGAAGCCACAGUAAAAGAUUCGUUUAAAGUCUUCGACCAGCUCGACAAAGAGGGGGAAGCCUGGAAUGUGUAUCAGUAUAUGCUGAAAAUGGCGUCUCAAGCAGUUUUCAAAUUUUCACUAGGCUACGACGCUCAUCACUUCGACGAGCCGGACUCGCAAUUGAACGAACUGGUAGUAUUGAUUGCGCAGAGUCUGUCGUUGAAUAAGAAGGUCACGUCGAGAGGGUCUUGGUAUGCGAGCUUAGGAGCUCUUCCUUUCACUGCUGCGUACGACUUGAAGAAUGUUCAGAACAAGUUGUGGACAAUACUCAACAAAGCCAUAGAUCAAGCACCCAAAGGCGAUACCGAUGAGGAUUUACCCUUGCAAUCUGCCGCCUUGGGAGCAAGCUGUGUGGUUGACUACCUCAAACGAGCUACAGACGACCAUGGCAAUAAAUUGCCUCGGGAACUCGUUAUCCCCAACAUGCUCCCCAUCGCUGGUGCGGGUUUUACAACUACGUCUUCUCUUCUAUCCUGGCUUAUCUAUUCCCUUUGCGCCUACGAAGGCAACCAAGACCGCCUCCUCCAAGAACUCGUCGAUGCCGGCGUCAACGAAAACACGAGGUGGACCCCCGAACUCUCCGAUGGCCUCACGUUCCUCGACAAAUUCGUUAAGGAAACCCAGCGCCUCCAUAACCCUUCCUUCCAACCUGGACGUACCGCAAAAGUUGAUUGCAUUGUGCCUGGCGGAUACAAACUACCCGCUGGCGCAGUCGUCAUUUGUGCUUUACAUGCAAUUCACAAUAACCCUGCCAUCUGGUCGAACCCCGAUCGCUUCGACCCCGAUCGUUGGGGUACGGAGGAAGUUGCCAACCGUCCGAAGAAUUCAUACAUGCCGUUCGCCACAGGUCCAAGAAGUUGUAUAGGAUUUAACUUUGCGUUGGGAGAAGUAAAGGUGAUAUUACCCGAAUUGGUGUACCGAUAUGAGUUCUCAAAAGAAGGCGACGAGACGGUAACGUACGACCCCGAGUUCCAGCUGAUCCGGCCGAUGAACUUGUACGUUAGGGCGAGGAAGAGGACGAGUUGGCCGGAUAAGACUAAGGCGGCGAAAGAGAUUGCUGAGCAGUAUAGAGAGGGUGAGAAGAACCCA